AUGGACAGUCAACACGUCACGGCGGAAGCCUUUGCAGCGAGGCAGUUCGACUUCCUGGUCGUCGGCGGCGGCACCGCUGGGCUAGCUGUUGCGGCCAGACUGUCUGAGGAUCCCCGCUUGGUCGUUGGCGUGCUCGAAGCCGGAUCGUCUGCUUUUGGCGAUGAGGCCGUUGAACUACCCGGUCUCGCAGGCCGAGCGCUCGGAACCGACCUCGACUGGAAUUUUGAAACUGUUCCACAACCCGGACUGGGCGGGCGAGCCGUCCCGUGGGCUCGAGGAAAAGUCCUGGGUGGCUCCAGCGCCCUGAACUUUAUGACCUGGAACAGGGGCAGCCGAGGAGACUACGACGCCUGGGCGGAGCUCGGGAAUGCUGGUUGGGGUUGGGACCAUCUCCUACCCUUCUUCAAGAAGAGCGAGACAUUUCAUGCGCCGACUUCGGACUCACAGGCAGCCGCUCGAGCAGCGUCUUCCCAUCCCGGGCUCGUCGGGCUGACCGGGCCUAUUCAGAUCUCGUACCCCAUGGAAUACACUUCCUCGCACGCACAUUGGCACCGGACUCUCGAUUCGGUUGGGAUCGCUGCCGGCGACUCUCAGCUUGGUGGCACCAACGUCGGCUGUUGGACGAGCCUAUGCUCUGUUGACCCCUUAAAUGCGACGAGAUCGUACUCGGCUACUUCCUACUACCGCCCCAACACCUCUCGACCCAAUCUGGUGGUUCUCGCCGGUGCCGAGGUGUCGGAAAUCCUCCUCGAUCAAGUCGAAGGAGCAGGCUGGAAAGCUCGAGGGGUUCGCUUCGCCCACGGCGGAAAUGAGUUCUCAGCCUUUGCCUCGCGUGAGGUCGUCGUCUCGGCGGGGUCCAUCAAGUCACCUCACCUCCUGGAGUUGUCCGGAGUGGGCGGAGCGGCAGUCCUUUCCGCCGCCGGAAUUUCCGUAAAGGUGGACAAUGCCAACGUCGGCGAAAACCUCCAGGACCACCUAACAACGACGCUCGUUUUCGAGGUAGACAGCUCGCUGAGAAACCCGGACGACCUCAAACUCGACGAACAUCUCGCGGAGGCCCACGAAGAAUACGCCCGUUACCGUACCGGCCCGCUGACCGUCCUGCCAGUCUCGAUGGCAUACGUUCCUGUCUCGCACUUCGUGCCACAGGAGACGAUUGACGCCAUACUCUCGACCGCCCCAGCGACGCAACCACCCAACAGCAACGUCUUUGCAGAACGAGACUCCAUCCUCCGCCGCCGUUUCUCUCCCCAGGCCCAGACUCUGGGCCAUGUCGAGUAUAUUUUCGACCUAGGCAACUGGGGUGCCGAUUUCGUCCCAGACGCUUCAAGCGGGAAAAAGUAUGCGAGCAUGCUACAGAUCCUCCAGUACCCCUUUUCGAGAGGCAGCGUCCACGUCAAGCCUGCGCAUAAACUGGGGCCACACGAGACGGACGAGAAAGGUAUCGCAAUCGACCCCCAGUACUACGCCGGACACCAGGGUCACGUCGACCUCGAGAUCGCAAUGCAUUGCCACCGUUUUGCCGAGACGAUCUGCGCGGCCCAGCCCCUCGCCAGCAUCCUCCGCGGGCAAGUGUGUCCCCUGCCGUUUGAGAGCCGCAGCGAUGGCGACCUGCGGGCGUGGCUCAAGCGCAACAUGGUGACGGACUGGCAUCCGGUGGGAACGUGCGCCAUGGGGGGGAGGGGGGGCGCUCGCACUGGUGUCGUGGACGAGAGGCUGCGCGUUUACGGUGUCGAGGGGCUGCGAGUCGUCGACGCCAGCGUCAUGCCGCUGCAGAUCAGUGCGCACUUACAGGCCACCGUGUACGCCAUUGCCGAGAAGGCGGCGCACAUGAUUCUCGAGGACAUUAGAUUCGACUUCAAGCUGCAUUUCCAAUAA